AAAUACUCACUUGCCUAAUAAAAUCUGCACACACAGUGUAAUCAUGCAUGUCAAACUCUAGACUUCUCAGACAGGUCAUGUGCUGCUUUCAUCCUUGUGAUUCCUUUGUCCUGAGAGUGUAGGCUGACCCUCGCUCCAUUCUUGCUUGUUUCUCUUUUGUUCUGGUGCUCAUUUCGUAAGAUACAAUCACGUAUUCCCUUCACCUGGACGCCGUCCCCUCCAAUUCCAAGAAGUCUCUCUCUCGAUCUUUCUGAGAUAUCUGCUGCUAUACAACUGCGGACUUCCUGCCUGUCUGGUCUUGCCCUGUUGCGUUUGUCUAGAUCUCCGCACCAGCUCUGCAUGACCAUGUCCACGACCCUGCCCCCGUCCAGCUUCACCACAGCCUCUCUGCAGAGAGAGGGUCGGUUUUGGUUGGACGUCACGCUUCCGACUUGCGGGAACCUCAGGUGUAACGGAAACGGGGUGUGCGUGACCCGCGACGCGGCCGAGGGCUGCGAUUGUCGCCUGGGCUACACGGGCCAGUUCUGCCGGGACACGGUGAACGAGGCCGUCUCAGUAUCGCUCUUGCUCGGGGUCCUGGCUGUCAUCUUUGGGAUCAUCGCUGCCGCCUUCAUCUUCGCCAAACUCCGGCAGAAAAGAAAAGCACAGCUCAGAAAGGCCACUGAUCAAGAAAGAGAACGAAUGAAGUUGGAGGGGGAGUGGGCCUAAAGUGACCCCAUCUUUCAAAAGGCCAUAUUGGCAUCGAACAAACUAGAGAUGCGGAAACGAAUGGCAGUAAUAAAAAAAAGGGUCAUGUGUCGUGCAAUGAACAUUUGUCAUUUCAGUUAUUUUUUGGAUGCUAUCUAGAAAUGUUUGUGUAACUGUUACAUCCAUUAUUACCUUGUACAGUGAAAUUAGUUUAAACUGUACCUAAAUCUAGGCUUUCUUUGUCUUUGCGAUUGUAUCUGCACUAAACUAAACUUUUUGAUAUUUACUUGGAGACAUAUUUUGUAUGUAACUGACCUCUGUUCAAAAAAAAAUUACUGAAAUGGCCCACGAACAAAGUCCUUUGAGGAAACUAUUAUAAUUUGAUUUCAACUUGAAAGUAAUG